AUGUCUUCGUCAAAGAAGCAAAGCGCUUAUCAACGGUUAAUGUUACAAAUAUCUUGCCUCCUCCCAGCGAAAUUCCGUCCACUGUUCUUACACCCUGCAGGACCAACUACUAUAUUCUUUUGGGCACCUACAUUUAAAUGGGGUUUGGUAAUAGCAGGAUUAGGAGAUAUGAAUCGUCCUCCAGAUACAAUUUCUCUUUACCAAACUGCAAGUCUGAUGAUCACUGGCGCUAUAUGGUCUAGAUCAGAUUUAAACAAAAAGAAAAACAGUCUUACAGAUUGUUUGUCCAUCAGGUAUUCAUUAAUCAUCACACCAAAAAACUAUAACUUACUAAGCGUGAACGCGUUUACAUGCAUGACAGGAACGUAUAAUUUUGCACGAGCGUUGCUUUAUAAAAUACAACAGGAGAAGGCUAAGGAAAAGGAUUCGAAAUAA